AUGGGAAUUAUCAUCUUCAAGACCGAGCUGUCGCCCUUCUCCACGGCGACUGGUAUCAUUGGUCUGAUCAGCUUCGUGUUCACGCUUGGGACCUUCUUGAAAGUCGUCUGGGUAAACUUGGGGGUCAUGGGCCAGGCACCACGGGAGGUCCACAGCUAUCUGGCCAAUCUCCGGACCGAGCUGCUUGAAGGGAGGGCAAACAUCCGGGCCAUGCGAAAGCAGAGCAAGAAGCAUACCCGAGCAAUGCGAAAAGAGCAGAGCGGGGAGACAUCCAUUGGAAUCGAACUGAAUGACGUCUCGCUGAAGACCAUGGCGGAUACUGUGAGACAUCUCAUGAAGCGUUGCAGAGCCUUGGAGCAAUCGUUUCUCGAGCCUGGAGAGGAUGGCAUUGACGGAUUGUCGAAGCAUAGGAGCAGAAGGGGUGGAUCUGUCUCGCCGUACGACCAUGCAGCGUAUGCCAGAGCGCCAUCGGGCAGGAGAUUGACGCAGGAUCAGGGGAGGCGAGAUGACGAAGAAGAGGAUGACGCGUAUUGGGCGCAACGGAUACAUACCGUGAAUUCGACUUGGGUAGAAGACUUGUCCGGUUGCGUCGAAAGGCGGAAGCACAGCAGCUCUUUGAGACGCUGA